UGCUUCUCUCCUUUUCUUAUGUGGUUUGUCCUGUAGCGACCCUAUCUUUGUCUCUCUCUCUCUCUUUCUUCUCUCUUUCUUUCUUUCUUUCUCUCUCUCUCUGUGGCGAUUUUCCCUGCACACCACAGCAGAGAACAACAGCAUCCACCCACCCACCAUCGCCUCCUUCAACCACCGUCAUCACUUUCAUCACUUAACACUUCUCAAACCAUAACACAAUCCUCAACAAUAAUCCCUAAAUCCUCUUCUCCCGAAACCCCAAACCCUAGCCCCUCUUUCAUGAUUUACAGUUAGGGUUAUGGAACCCAACAACGCAGACGCUUUCCGACCUUCUUCUUCACCCUCGUCUUCCCCCAGCUCCAGGAGAAUUUCCGGGAUUUUGUCGCCCACAAAUAUCAUUCAGGCUCCCUUAUCGGCGCUAUUGGAAUAUUCCGGCAUCCUUCCGUCCCGCUCGUCUAACCACCACAGCCAUCCAGCCCCUGACGCAGUUAACAAUGACGGUGAGGUUUCGAUUAGGAUCAUCGGUCCCGCGGAGCAGGAGCAGCAACCCCGGGAGGAACAGCAUAGCCCUUCUGUCGCUUCGGGAUUGGUCGUGGGACUCGCGCAUUCGCAAAACGAUGCCGUGUUGCCCUCCUCGUCGCCUCGCAGCGAUGCUGCUGAGGAAAGCACCGGCCCUGGAGGGGACGGCGUUGGGAGAGACUCUUCUUACCAGAGAUACGACAUUCAGCAUGCUGCCAGGUGGAUUGAGCAGGUCUUGCCGUUUUCGUUGCUUCUCUUGGUUGUUUUCAUAAGGCAGCAUUUGCAAGGGUUUUUCGUGACAAUUUGGAUUGCGGCUGUGCUUUUCAAGUCGAAUGAUAUUAUGAGGAAACAGACUGCGUUGAAGGGAGAGAGGAAAAUACCGGUUUUGAUUGGGAUUUCUGUUGGGUUCGCGCUUCAUGUGGUUGGUGUUUAUUGGUGGUAUCAGAAUGAUGAUCUCAUGUAUCCCCUGAUCAUGCUUCCUCCCAAGGAAAUACCGCCUUUCUGGCAUGCCAUUUUCAUCAUCAUGGUCAAUGAUACUUUGGUCCGCCAAGCUGCAAUGGUAGUCAAGUGUAUGUUGUUGAUGUAUUACAAGAAUAGCAGAGGCCGAAAUUAUCGUAAGCAGGGUCAAAUGCUGACUUUAGUUGAAUAUCUCCUUCUGCUUUACCGUGCCUUGUUGCCAACACCAGUUUGGUAUCGUUUCUUCCUGAACAAAGAAUAUGGAAGCCUCUUUUCGUCACUGAUGACAGGAUUGUAUCUAACAUUUAAACUCACGUCUGUUGUUGAAAAGGUGCAAUCCUUCUUUGCUGCAAUAAAGGCAUUGUCACGUAAAGAAAUGCACUAUGGGGCUUAUGCAACAUCAGAGCAGGUCAAUGCAGCCGGUGAUCUAUGUGCUAUUUGUCAGGAGAAGAUGCAUGCCCCAAUCUUACUACGUUGUAAACAUAUUUUCUGUGAAGACUGCGUAUCAGAGUGGUUUGAGAGAGAAAGGACCUGUCCAUUGUGCAGGGCUUUGGUAAAACCAGCAGACCUUAGGUCAUUUGGAGAUGGCUCUACUAGCUUGUUUUUCCAGUUAUUCUGAAAUCAUAUAUAUAAAUACAAGCCAGGAAGUUUUUUCUGCUUUGAAGCUUUAGUUUCUCAAAGCAGCAGUCAUCGACACAUGUAAAAUGCUAUGGAAGGAAAUCGAGGGGAUACUGAGAAGAUGAAUGCAGCUGAGUACAGGCGUUCAUAUAAUGUACUAGUAAAAGGUGGAGUGUAUCUAAAUGACCCUGUAAACUAGGAAGUUGAUUGAAAAUAUAAUUAAACACGACUCUUCAUUUGCAAGGAAUGAAGGUCUCUUUCUGAAAAUUGCAUAGCUAUUCCAUCAUAUAGUGCCUCUCAAUGUGUCAAUUUUAAACAUAUUUUUUACUUUUGAAAUUCUCUUUAAGUGGGUUUUGAUGCACACCUCAAGGAGUGUUGCCCACUGGCAGGUUACGGUUAAAGAUCUUACUUCGUUUCAUGUAUUAGACGGGUCAAAUUGUGGAUACUAGUAUAUUUUUGAAGUACUUAAUUUGACCAUGUACACACCAUUGAAGUACUUAAUUUGUUGGAAAGAAAUAUCAGCUGUUCAUCAUAUUCCCUUGUUUAA